AUGGAAGGGAAUGAUCGCGUAGAUUUGAGAGAUAUUCGUGUUGACACGAGCUACUUAAAUGGGGACGAUGGAGUGCCUGUGGGUGAAGUUUUGAAGCGAUUGGAAUUCCAGCGAACAGAAGUACUGAAACUGAUCCCCACGGAUGACUUAGAGAUUCAGCGCAUACUCAAGUCCGCCGAGGCUCCUAGUGCGAUAGAAGGGGAAUCUCUCAGGGAGCGUAGGGAAAGACUAGUGGAGCUUGUAUUCCAGAAUCCAGAAUUAAAAUCUCACUUGACGCAGGAAGUCUUCUCAGGUGCAGACAGCGAAAAUGGUGCAGAAUCCGAUGACGAGGAGUUUUAUACACCUGCAUCCGAUGCCUUGAUCCAGGCAAGGCGGUUUAUGGUUCGGGAUUCGUUGGCAAGAGCUCGCAAAAGGCUGCAGCUGGAAAAAAGCCGAGCUUCCAUUCAAAAUGUGCAAGCCAUUAUCGUCGGGAGACGGAAAUUGAACGCAAAGUUAGCUACAUAUGAGCUUCAAGGAUCCCAGGUUGUCUCUUCGAGGCCUAUUUCACAGGUGACAUUGUCUCCGGACCAUAGACACGCGGCUUGCGGGAGCUGGAAAGGCGACGUUCAGAUCCUAAAUCCUGAGACACUGGAAGUUAUCGCCGCUUUAGAAACUGCCCACGAUGGUAAGAUUGGGGGCUUGCAUUGGAAUUCGAGUUCUCAACUUCUGGUAACAGGGGGAGCAGAUAAUAUGGUCAAAAUAUGGGACCCGUUAUCUCAAGAUCUAAAAGCUGAAUUUCGCGGCCAUGAAGCCCGCGUCGCGAGAGUCAAGUUCCAUCCAAGUGACAAAUAUAUUGCCAGUGCUUCUUUCGACAUGACGUGGAGACUUUGGGAUGUAGAAACACAAGUUGAGCUACAAUUACAAGAAGGACACUCUAAAGAAGUUUACAGUUUAGAUUUUCAGGCCGAUGGCUCAUUGUUAUGCAGCGCAGGGCUAGAUUCAAUAGCACGCGUCUGGGAUUUACGAUCAGGGCAAUCACUGAUGGUUUUUAAAGGUCACGCGAAGCCUAUUUACGGUGUAAGUUGGUCACCAAAUGGUCAUCAUAUCGCUACAGGUAGUGGCGACGGGACUGUGAAAGUUUGGGAUCUACGAAACAUUGAAAAACCAUUUUCUAUUUUGGCUCACAACAAUAUUGUUUCUGAUGUUAACUUUGGAAAAAAUAAUGGAUAUUGCUUGGUUACAAGUUCUUACGAUAAGACUAUAGGUGUUUUCGCCGCGGAUUCGUGGAUAAAAUUAGCAUCAUUGCGAGGACACACGGACAAGAUCCUUUCCGUAGACAUUUCCUCUGAUGGAACUCAGCUGCUGAGUUGUGGAUGGGAUAGAUCGGUUAAAAAGUGGUCAUUAAACUAG